AUGAAGAGAGAAGAAAUAGAUGAUAGCAAUGACUGCCGUGUCCACCAUGCAGAUUUCAGGGAGAUCAGAAAUAGGCCCAUAUCUGCACCUCCGGUAGAUAAGUUUUUCAUAGAGGAUGAAGUGGAACUUGGCGACAUCCAAACAGAUCUGAACUAUUCUAUUUUUUACAGGAGAAAUUGUAAAAAUGAGCCUCGGCUGCAGCCACCAAGCUUCUUUAUAAGAGGGCAAAGUGGAUAUUGGACAAGCCAGUAUGAUGACCUGAUAACCAAAGCAUUCUCGAACACAGGGUUUCUUGAUGUAAAGAUGCUUCGAGAUACUUCUUUUGAAACGGAAAGCAAUAGGUCUCUUGCAGAAAGAAUUGACGAAGACUAUCCAGAGUCAGAGAAGAGUAGUGAGUAUAAAGGCACUUCAAGGGCAACUACACCAAUAGGAAAUAUGAAUGUACUGGAUACUGAGGUGUUCAGUGCAAUGCUAAACCUCAAGGCUUCAAAAGGAUUGGAGACUACACAAGGAGGAUUCCACAGAUCCUCGUCCCUAGCUGGAGAUGUUGAAAGUGUUCCCAUGGACAGUAAGUUCUUUAGAGAGCUUUUAGAGAUUUAUGAAGAGCAAGAUGGGAAAGGAUAUAAAAAUGUGUUUGGAGGAACAUCGAUGAAGGAAAUAUGCAUAAGCAUAAGCAAAGAUCAAGAAGGGAGCAGAUGCAUACAGAGGAAAAUGGAUAAUAUCUCCAAGGAGGAGAUUUCAUGGUUCUUCAAUAAUAUUGCAGAUGCAGCCGCAGAGCUAUCUGCUAAUCUAUUUGGGAAUUAUGUCAUUCAAAAGAUUAUACCUCUCGUAACUGAGGAGGAAAGAACAAGACUAACAACCAGCCUGGUUGGGCAGAUUCAUCUUCUUUCUGUUCAUCCAUAUGGGUGCAGAGUGAUUCAAAAGCUGGUGGAUGUUUCCCCUGAUGUCGACUUUAUUCUAGAAGAGGUGAAAGGUAACUUACUAGAGUUGAUAGAGGAUCAGAAUGGAAACCAUGUUAUCCAGAAGUGUAUAGAAAAGUGUAAGGACAGGAGGAUUAUUCUGCAACAAUUCUCAAAAAACUCCUUGUUUCUGGCUACUCACAAGUAUGGGUGCAGAGUUAUCCAAAGAAUGCUGGAGUUCUGCAAGGAGGAAGAGAUCAAAGAUAUUGUAGAAAUUCUUAUAAACAACAUAAAAACACUAGUCGAUGAUCAGUACGGAAACUAUGUCAUUCAACACAUUUUGACAGUUGGGAAGGAAAAGGAAAAGAAUCUGGUUAUCGAAAAGAUUAUAGAAAAAAGCUAUGAGCUUAGUAAAUGUAAGUUCUCGAGCAACGUUGUCGAACAAUGUGUUAAGCUCUCAAACAAUGGACAAAGAGAACGGUUUCUGGAGAAGUUCCUAGAACCCGUAGGUUCCAAGCCUGGGAUGUAUUCCAUGUGUAUUGAUAUGUAUGGAAACUAUGUUGUUCAGCGUCUAUACGACUCUUCCGGAGAAAACAUACGAAAGGAGAUUAAAAAUGCAUUGAGACCUUUUAUCAGGGACCUCAAAAAGUCUCCAUUUGCUAGGCAUAUUCUCUUCAAAAUCAACACAUGA